AUGGAUAAAAUCGUAAAUGUCCCUUCAGACAUUUACAGUUACGUCGAAAUAUUGAAUAAGCAGUUAUACUUUGCUGUAGUCAAGAGCAAAUAUACAACUAAAUUAAAAAGUACAAUGGAUACAUUCUUUUUUUCCAUCGACGAUGACUUUAUAUACGAAAAUUACUACUGCGAUUUUGGGCCGUUGAAUAUUUCCUGUUUAUACAAAUACUGCUGUAAGCUGAAGAAAUAUCUUCAGUAUGCAAAAGGUCUGAAACGUGUAGUACAUUACACUUCCAACUACCCGGAGAAGAAAACCAACGCCGCCUGUCUGAUGGGAUUAUUUUGUAUUAUUUAUUUAAAAUUUCAUCCAAAGGACGUGUGGAAAAUGUUACAAGAAGUCGGGCCGUACAAACCAUUCCUUGACGCUUCUCAAUUUCCUUGCGGAUUUACUCUAAAAAUAGUGGAUUGCCUGCAUGCUCUAACGAAAGCAAUAACAUUUAAUUUUUUCAAUUUUGAUGACUUCAACGUAGCCGAGUACGACUUGCAUGAUAAAUUACAGUAUGGCGAUAUGAACUGGUUGGUUCCCAGAAAAUUUUUAGCGUUUAUCGGACCGGCAGAUAACAGAACGGCACACCCUCCCGAAUUCUACUUGAAGUAUUUUUUGAAAAAUGACAUCAAGACCGUCAUCCGCCUCAAUACUAUCAUUUAUGAUGCCGCAGUAUUCACCCAAGUAGGCAUUCAACACUACGAUCUCAUAUUUCCGGAUGGAACUACGCCCCCUAAAGACAUUUUGUUAAGAUUUCUAAGCAUUUCCGAAAUGGCUUCAGCUGCCAUCGCUGUGCAUUGCAAGGCAGGACUCGGUAGAACUGGGUCUCUGAUCGGAGCAUACCUUAUCAAGCACUACCAUAUGUCUGCAAAGGAAGCCAUAGCUUGGAUGAGAAUUUGCAGACCAGGAUCGGUUAUCGGACAGCAACAGAUUUGGCUGGAAAAGUUGGAGAGCUGGUUGUGGAGGCUAGGAAAUCAAUAUAGAGCCUCGAAAUAUGGCGACAGCGAUAAAAUUCCAAAGCACAAGUACGGCAUCUACAGUAAGCUUUGGCCGAGGGAAAGAGAAAAAAUUAUCAAUGAAGCGAGGAAAAAAAUCCAAAAAUCUUUCACAAAGUCUCAGUUAGAGAAGUUAUCAAAGCAAAAAAAACUUGUCACCAAUUUUGAAAUACUAUCGUGGAAAGAUAAGAAUGAAAAGCUAUUGAAAAAGUACGGGAGUGAUAUAAGUUCGCACAACAGUGUUUCUAAGUUACUAUCCUCUAUACAUGGAUUGGAUAAUACAGAAAAUAUAAAGGUACUAUCAGUGAAUCCUAUCAGAAAGAAUUCUUUAUAUUCUACCUCUUCUGUUAGUACCAAAUCAAAGGAGUUGAACAGCAAUACUCUGAGAUCAGGAGCAGGUAAAGCAAAUUCUGAUGAACAUUUUAAAAACAAAAGUACCAGUGGACUACCGAACUGGAAAAAUAUUGUGGAAUAUUCAAAAUUAUAUGUAAAGGAGAACGUGGCAAAUAGGCACUCAACUCAAGGAGAUAAGCUUAACGAAAUAAAAUCAAUUCGAUACAGUAACAAAAUUGCAAGAGAUUCUUUUUCUAAUUCCAAACAUUCCUAAAAAGAAUCCAAAGAUUUCAUUACACAGAAAU